AUGCAAGUCAAGUGGGCGCCUAACUCUAUUCUGAACCUUCGACCUGGUACCAGGUCGAAGGUUCGGAAUAAAGUUAGUGCUAUCCAGGGUGUACGCGGGAGUGCUCUCCUCACGGUCGAAUCUAAUUCUGGCCUGAAACCGGCAUAUUUCUUUACUGUCGUACCCGACCCUAGCCCGAUGCUGUCUCGACCCCACACGGCGAUUAUUCUAGGGAAACUAGGACCGUACACGUCGGACGAGAAUGUGCUGCUAGUGCGGCUGAAGGAAAAAGAGGCAAUGUCAUGGUCUGAGAUUACGGCUCACUUCCCAGGCCGAAAUAUGUCAUCCCUUUAA